ACCAUAUUCAGAUAGACCACCCUAUACAACAUGGCCUCGCCGAAGUCACCCGCUGCGUCGUCGGCGGCAAGCGCCCAAGGACCCCCUCCAACGAACCUCGCAGCCUCUCCAUUGUUAUCAACUCCUACCUUUACCCCUGUGGCUGUUACGACGACGCUGGCAUCAACCACCCCCGGAUUGCCGAAGACCGCAACAACAACAUCAGCUCCCGUGACGGCACAGCUCACACAUUCUCUCGUUGCCAACGGAUCAUCGAUAACACUGCCAUCGACCACAAUCACUUCACCCAAGCCAGCUUCAACGACGGCACGCCCUUCAACAAGUGCCUCAACUACCACUGCAGCUCCAUCGUCAACUCCAAUAUCCCCACCCUCAGCCAGAACUCCAACCCCUUCCAUCAUCACCUCGGCAAGAAGCUCUCCCCCCUCUGUUGUGAAGGUCGCAUGCAUGACAGAUACGUACGAAUGCCGAAGCGGGCUUCUCGUUGCAAGGGAUCCAUCGAACGACUGCAAGUUCUACCCGUGUCGCGACGCAGACAACGAGACGUCUCCGCCACUCUCCACGGCACCAAAUACCACCGCAGCAGUCGACACAACUUCGUUCCCUUCGAACAUCACCCACCGCAAAUUCCAUGACUUUACUCCUUCCAGCGCCUUAAACUGGACAGUCGCCGACUCGACCAUUCCCGCCGAGGUGUCGGCCGCGGCCCUUCGAGCCUUCCUCGCGUACAACGAUUCCUCGGUCUGUGACCAUCUCGCCGUCGGCAUCACCUCUGCCGAACGCGCCGACCUCCCGUCGUCGCGUGCGCUGUUCCACGUGGUCAUGGAUGUGAGUUGCACGUUGAACACUACCAACCAAACGUCGGGAGUGUAUGUCUUGGAACUUUUGACAGAAUCGGGUCCGCCGUCGGUAUCUUUGACACAAUGUGGGGUCCUGGCCAACGGAACCCUGUCCAACUGGCUGACCCAGCACAACCACUCGACGGCAUGCCAGACUCCGCGGGAGCGACUCGAGUACAUCCAUCAGCCCCUAGAGCACACGUUGCAUCUGCCCAAGGAAGGAUCGACGGCACAUUCUUCCCAUGGCAUGUUCAGUGACCUGGCGGCGCUAAUGGAGAAGCCCACGGUGCUGUACCUGUUUGUAGCUUCGGUGGCCGGCAUUGUGCUGCUAGCGUUUGGGUUUGCCGUGGUCGUCGGGCGGCGGCGCAUUGCAGCGAUGAAGCGACGCCAGAUGGAGCGAAGUAUCCUGGAAGAGGUGGCCACGGGACGAAUCGAGGAGCGCGCGCGGGAGGCGGAGGCGCGGCGCCGCCAACAAGAGGAAGAAGUGGAGGACGAGAAGACCCCCACGGAGACGGACGCGCUGGAUUACAUUGGGAAGGCCCAUCGAGACAAGAAUGAGCGACGGGAUGGCGGCCAAAGCAUCUUUACAAUAGAGUAACGGUCACGCAAGUUGUCGAUGACUAGUUUGCAAGAGCUUGGAUUGUAGUGACUAGUAUGUUUUGCUAAUAAUAUGGAGAUUUGUUGAUCCUGAGA